AAGUAAACUGUAAGUUUAAAUCUGUCAUAAGAAAAGAAGACCCUAUAUUUCCCAAAACCAUAAUCUAACGUGAAAAGAAUCAAUGUCUUGGCUUGUUUGGAUGAGAAAUUUCUUUGAAAGAUGAACUUUAAUUUAACCUAAAUUUUAUGAUUAAUGAUAGUUUCAACAUGGAUUAAGUAAUCAGCCCUUCCUAUAGUGCCAUAUUAAUGUUAACCAUGUCUCCAAUUCAUUCGCUCCUAUUCCACUGAAGUAUGAUAUAGAAACAGGAGUGGGGCUACCUUUUUCGUUUUUAAGAUCCUGGUAGGGGAAACUAGCAAUCACAUAAAUUAUCUCAUUUUGUGAUCUAGGCUCACUAUAUCGGGCUUUUGUCAAAGGAGCUUCGACAUUGGAAUUCAGAUCUUCUACAUGCUUAGCCAUUUUUUGAAGUAUGCUAGGAAAUUUCCAGGGUUCACUUCAUAUACACUAUAUUUUUCCUGGGUCCCUUUGCACAGAAGAGGACUGCUCUGGUAAUGUGGCUUACAAUGCUUCUGUUCGAUUUGAUCCUUGCUGCUUUAACUUUGUCAAAGGUGUGUGGCAGAGUGUGCUGCUUACGCUUCAUCCUCCCUUAUUUCAAGCAUUUCCUCGCGAUGAUAAUCCUUCUUUGCAAGGUUUCUUUCAUUUUCAUUGUGCUAACCCCAAUAAGUUGGCAUGUGCCCUUAUAAACAAAGCACAUGCCAAGCAGAAAUCAUCAUCAACCUUUAUAAGUUUAUACCAGUCUUGGUUGUAUAAGAUACUAUCCAAUAACACGGAAGUGAAUUAAAGAAAUAGGUAGUGUGAGCCAGAACAAAGGGAAAUUGGACUAGUCCUUCAUACGAAAUUACUAAUAAGGUGAGUGAUGAAUAGGUUUCAGGAAUAUGAUAGAAUGAUAGGUGUAGUGUCAAAAGAGUGAAGUUACAGGGUAAAAAUAUAAACAAACCUACACGAAUACAACACAGUAAGCUAAAAAGAAUAGGGUAUUAGGUACUCUAAAUAUCACCACACCAACUA